UAUCGACUGCCCGCAAGCAACACCACCGCCGCUGCUGAGAGCAAGAGCAAUCCAACACCCCUCGACAACCUCAUCCAUGGCCAACGAGGAAGAGCAAGCGCUGCUGAGCCGCGCUGCAUGGAUGUACCCACUGGCAUCAAGGCAGGCCGUCUUGGACCUGAUCUCAGAGCAGACGGAGGGCGUGUUUGGCGUGAGGUCAAGUGGCACAUACCCAGGCUGCUUCGUCCUGUGUCUCAGCGAGGCUGGCACACCACGAGAGUAUCUGAUCAAACGCCGCAGCGACGAUGGCGCAUACCAUGUCGAGUAUUCCAGGCAUGCGUUCUCCUCUCUGCCCGAUCUCAUCGCCUAUUACAGCACACCCAAGGGCGCAAGUGACCUCAAUGGUGUUGUCUUGCGGCUUGACAUCCGACCAGUGAGCACGCUUGUGCGACAGGUAAACUCGAGUGCUGAUACGAGCUGGACCCAUUCGUGGGGGUCUCCACAGCCCCAGCCGUCCCCGUCAACGGUGCAUGAUGUGAGUGGUGUCAGUGGCACAGGGGAUAGCCAGCUGCUUUUGCAGCAAGACUACGCACAGCAGCCGCAUGCACGGCAGCAUUCAAACGCAGCACCGGCGCCACCACACUCACACGAGAGGCUGUCGCCGAGCACCGUGGGGUCCAGCACGCGCCUGGUUGGAACAGAGGUGCUGAGUCCAAGCCGCAGCAGAUACGUACCCGAUGAGCACGAGUACGAACACCUGCAGACGCAGUUUGUUGCCUCGUCCGAUGUGACGAGUAGCGCAAUUGCAACGCCCAACACCACAGGCGGCAGCACCGGCAGCCGUAUGCACGGAAGCAGGCUGGUGCUGGUGGAAACCGACCCCUCCAGCGCUGCACUCUCGACCAGCCCGGCAUCGCUGGUGUCCCCACAGGCCCCCGUCUACCACACCACCACAACCACGCAGUAUUACUUUGAGCUGGAGCCCGUCGAUGGCGAGUUUGACGAUGAUUUUGACCCGAGCGAACAUCGUGGUGGUGUUGGCCCUGAAGCGCAAGCUCGGGACCCACCCGUUUCACUUUAGCCGCGCACAUGUUGUCGUGUUGUUAUUGUCGGUGACUUUGCUCGUGCAUAUGUGAGUGCUUUGGCAUGCAUGUAACGCGCAAUUUGUUGCUUAUUUGUUUCACACAAGACCUCAUCCGCCUGCCCAUCGUACUCGCAUGUGUUCGUCUGGACGGCUAUUGCAUUUGCGUGCUGCACCACCUGUUUCGCCAUGCGAAGUAUGUUCUUGCUUUUCCUGCUGUCCGUGCUCGCCUGUGAUUUUGCAAUGCGCGCACGUGCAUCGUUGUUCUUUCUUGUUGUUCCCCUGUUUGCUCUGUGUGGCCUUUUCCCUCUGUCCUCCCUGCUGGAGUACAACUGCGUAUGCAAGUGGCCCACUCCUCCACUCACUCCAGCACUCAUCAAGCAUAAACGCUCGUUCGUGAC